UUACUGUCUUAUUAAUUUCAAAGUAUUUUCUCCAAUUAAAAUUAUAAGAACGUAUGAUUCGAAUAGAAUCAAUCGGAUUAAUAGAAUAAGUUACAUCGCUCAGAAUUGCUCAGAAUGUUCCUCGCCGUGGAUAUUUAGUUUUAAUUUCAGUCGUGAGUCCUUAAAAUCGCUUUCGCUAGAAUUUCAGAUAUAUAUUGGCAUUUUACGCAGUAAUAUAACAGAGUUUUAGGAGUCGCACGCUUUAUCCUAUCAUUCCUACAACCAUAUCCACCUGUGCCCAUAUCCUAUCGUUUUCCGACUUUAUUCAUUCUUUCAUUCAGUAAUCGACGACUUCAUUAAUCACUGACACGUCACAUUCAUCGAAUUAUUCUCGUGAAUAAUUAUGAUGUCGAUUAACAAUUUCUUCUUCGAGUCGCUUGACAUUGAUGCCAUGGAAAAGAAACGGAAUACUUAAAAAUUUCAUGAUUAUCGAUGAUUCACGAAUGCUCCGGUAUAAACAUACUCAAACAUACUCUCCCUGUUCUUGCUAGCCACCGAAUUUCGUUUUUGACAGUACGUGCUCUUAAACGCUCUUCGAAAGUGUAAUAUCGUGAUUCUUGAUCCAAACUAGUACUCCGACACCCCUGAAAAUGGGAGUGCGAAUUUAUAGAAAGUGUAUAGAGUACAUAAAGUCAACCGGGAUUUGCAUUGUGAUGGUUGGUGGCUGUUGGUUUUUAUAUCAAUUGAGGGAGGUCUCCAAAAUUUUACAGUACUCUGUGCCUACUAAUAUUCUUAAUAUUGAGCAAACACAAACUCAAUACAUUUAUGUCGACGAUCCUAGAUUCAAAGAUAUACUUCUAUACAAAAAUAUUGGAAGCCUGCAAUCGUCUGUGCCAGUCGAGUCCUUUUCGUUUAACAAUACUAUACUGAAAUGGUGGAAAUCAUUGAAUCGCAGUAUAGCUUACAAAUUACUGACCAUGGCACAAAUUGGAGAUAGGACAGAAAAAUUGAGGGCUCUCUACACUCUGAAUUCUUUGAAACAUUUAAAAGAUUGGCAUUAUCGGCACAUCGCACAAAUGUUGGACGCGAAAACUGCAGUGAUUCUUGCGAGGAUGCCAAGAGUUGAUACAAGAUUCUUCUUGAAGCCACCGUAUUAUUAUAUCCAUCACAAAUUGCACGACGUGAUAGAAAAAGUACAUCAAUUGCUUCUGUAUUUAAACGCCUCUUGUGAAAAUACUCAUCCGUGUCUUACACAGUUUCUUAACAAGAAAUUUAAAGAUACACCCUCGGAUAGUCUGAUACUUGAUCACGAUUUAACAAACUUAGGGCUGGCUGUAGCACCAGCCACAGUAUGGGACCCAGACUUGUUACUGAAUUGCAUUCAAGCGUUAUGCCAUCACUCUUGCUCAGAACAGUACAGCAAAGAUAUCGUCAUUGCUGGGGGUUUACCUUUGCUGAUGCUGAUUAAAAGAAUGUUUAACGACAACAUUAACGUGUGUAUAUUACUCGCAAAGACCAUCUCGAAUAUUUCGCUUCAUUCCGAGCACUUGGACGACAUUUUCCAGUCAGGAUGGAUUGGUACGUUGGUGGAGUGGUCUCAAAGCAAGGAUAUAAGAUUAUCGGCACCGGCCAGUCGUGCACUGGCAAAUUUAGAUAUCGACGAAAACGAAAAUGUUAAAUAUCCAAGACGUAUCUAUCUUCUACAUCCCUUGCAUAAGACUAGGGGGAAAAUCAAAUUGGACGUUGUUUUCCUCCAUGGUUUACUCGGCGGUGUCUUUAUAACGUGGAGGCAACGAGAUCAAGAUGAGCCUGAUGUCGGGAUCGUAGGAGAUUCGAAUUCUAGCGACGACGCGUGCAUGCAGAAGAUUUACUACGACAAGAGGUACAAGACUCUGUGCUGGCCGAGGGAUUGGUUACCGGAAGAUAUUCCGUCGCUUCGAGUUAUCGGAGUUAAUUACGAUACGAAUCUAUCGAUGUGGACACCGUCGUGUCCAAUAGAAGGCGCGAGAGUCACCAUGUAUGAGAGGAGCAAAGAAUACGUAAAGAAGUUACUGACUGCCGGCGUCGGGCAACGACCAACGAUUUGGGUGUGCCACUCGAUGGGUGGUUUACUGGUGAAGAAGAUGCUUGUUAACGAAUGGAAGAACGGUGACAAAAACGAUAUAUGCAAAAAUACGCGUGGUAUCGUAUUCUACAGCACUCCGCACAAAGGAUCUCACGUGGCAGCGUUGAAGCAAGCAACGCAAAUGGUAGUAUGGCCAUCGAUCGAAGUUCAAGAACUUCGGGAAGGGUCGCCACAGUUAUUGGAACUGCAUAACGAGUUCCUAACCAUGUUGAAAGAGUAUCCCAUAGAUAUAGUCAGCUUCAGCGAAACGAAAUCUACACACGUAACGCCGUUGAAAGUCCCGUUUCAAUUCGUCACCUCGAACUCGGCAGAUCCUGGAGUAGGCGAAUUCUACGAGAUUGCACAAGAUCACCUUACUAUAUGCAAACCGGCUACCAGGCAUUCCUUUUUGUAUCAAAAACUGCUGAACAUGCUGAAGCGUCACGUGCAGACGCACGAGAAGACCACCGUUUCAUCAGUCAUGGAGCUGUUCUCGUUGCCAAGCAAGUUAUUUUAAUUUUGUACAUAAGUAUUUCUAUAUUUCUAUGUGUUACGAUGAACGAAUAAAAUUCU